AUGCCCGGUGCCGGAGGCUUGCACACAGGAUCUUGGGAUCUUGAAAAACACAACUCCUACUUUUCCUUCUAUCCAGAGUUUGUGCAGUCGCAGUGGGAUCGGUUGUGUAAAUGUUGCAGAAGCGAGCACUUGGUGGAGUCACCCACAGGUCAGACUUUUUUUUAUGUCAAGUGGUACACGCAACGCUGCUUGAGUAGUGGGAAGGCGCUUACGGAGCGGUUCUUGGUGUUGAGGGUGUUUAACGAGACAAAUUGGCUUGGAGACCUCUGUAUAUUUCUCUCCUCAAAAGGUGAACCUUUCUGUCUCCAGGCUAGCUUGUAUGGCCUCUCCAGAAACUGCAUCUAUUUCCUUGGCAGCUCUGACUUUGGAGAAGCCAAUAUCGCCCAUCGUCUUGUUAUGUCUAAGGAAAUUAGACCUUCACCUGCCCCUUACUUCAUUCCACCUCAAUGA